CCGCUUUCAGUCCGCCUCAUCUCACUCUACUCUACUACAUCUCUCUCUCACACAAACACACACAAUGGCAGCGUUUGCGUUUGCGAUCACGUUUCGAUUGAGUUUGGCAAUAACGGCGUCGUUUCUGGUGGCGUCGGCGACGGCAAGAAUCCCCGGCGUUUACACCGGCGGUCCAUGGCAGAGCGCUCACGCCACCUUCUAUGGCGGUAGCGACGCCUCCGGCACAAUGGGCGGCGCGUGCGGGUACGGAAAUCUGUACAGUCAAGGUUACGGCGUGAAUACGGCGGCUCUGAGCACCGCCUUGUUUAACAACGGCCUGAGCUGCGGAGCUUGCUUCGAGAUAAAGUGUACGGAAGAUCCAAAGUGGUGUAACCCUGGAAACCCUUCGAUCUUCGUGACGGCGACGAAUUUCUGUCCGCCGAAUUUCGCUCAGCCGAGCGAUGACGGAGGAUGGUGCAAUCCGCCGAGACAGCACUUCGAUCUCGCCAUGCCCAUGUUCCUCAAGAUCGCUCAGUAUCGUGCCGGCAUUGUCCCUGUCUCCUUCCGCAGGGUACCGUGUCGGAAGAAGGGAGGUAUAAGAUUCACGAUAAACGGAUUCAGAUACUUCAACCUGGUACUGAUAACGAACGUCGCCGGUGCCGGAGACGUUGUCAGAGCGAGCAUAAAGGGAUCGAAGACGGCGUGGAUGAGUAUGAGUCGUAACUGGGGACAGAACUGGCAAUCCAACGCUGUCUUCGUCGGUCAGUCUCUCUCCUUCCGCGUCACCGCCUCCGACCGCCGCACCUCCACCUCCUUUAACGUCGCACCGGCGAACUGGCAGUUCGGUCAGACGUUCUCCGGCAAGAACUUCCGCGUCUGAGCAAAAAAGAUCGAAACUUUUAUGAUUUGGGAUUCGGACCCUUUCUCUUUUUUUUUAAAUUGAAAUUAAACGAUACCCCGAAGAGGAAAGUUGUUUUCCGGCCCCGGGUUUUCCUUUGUUUUCUCGAGAAAAUUCUGGAGGCUUGGGAUCCGUGCAAACCGUACGGGUUCUAGGGUUUACAAUAUGAUUGAAAGGCUUUUUUAAUUUUUUGUUCAACUGUUAGUUAUAGAAUGAUUAGAAAUGUUCCGUUA